GGGAGAUAAAAAGUAUUUGAAACAUAAAGUACGUGAGAAAUAAACUUUAAUUCAUUUUUUAGUUUUUUUGUGAGCGCAUCUAACAAAGCAAAAUCAGCGAUGUCAAGCGGACGCUUGUCAGUGACCGAUCAAGAUCACCUGUAGACAUGGAUUGGCGGCGGUCCGAAGGCUUUUACGCUCUUGUACAGCAUCACAAGGGACGGUUUCAAAGCGGUCACAUUUCAUCAGAAGUGCGACAACCAGAAACCAACGGUCACCGUGCUUUAUAACCCACAAGGAUCUGUCUAUGGAGGGUUUGCAAGUGUUGGCUGGAAAGGCUCAUGUAUCUGGUCUGUGGACAACGCCGCUUUUCUCUUUCAAUUGAAGUUUUCAGGAUUAAGAAAAUGUAAUAAGUUUCCUGCAAAACCGGGCUGUAAAACUGUUUUCUCAAAUCCAGAUCAUGGACCUGUGUUUGGCAGUGGUGGUUGCGAUUUACAUACAUUUUACUCAAAUGUUUCGUGUUUAAAUGGGUGUUUUAAACUUGAUGGCAAUAUGAAUACAUUUGGCAAAAACUUCGAAGCUCCUGGUCUUCAGUCAGCGGAUAUCAAUAACGGCACGAUGGACGUCAUAGAGCUGGAAGUGUACAUAGUUACAGACGGCAUGAGGUACAAGACGGUGGAGACACAGACGGAACAAAGCUUGCUUGAGACCUCAAAGUGCUGGAGGAAAACACCGGACUGGAACCAGCAGCUUGCCGAGUCUUUGUGUAAAGAGCUGGGGUCCUACAAAUGCCCGGUGGAAUCGAAUUCCGGCGAUGUUCGCAUCCUCUUGUUAGGGCCGGUAGGCUCAGGAAAGUCCGGCUUCGUUAACACCGUCCAGUCGGCUUUUUUCCGGACGGCUCCGGCAGCUAGCGCCAGUUGGAAACGGCGAGCAAAGUAUUACCACACAGGUUUGCUUUUGGACUUUAUUCAAACGUGAUGAUAAAAAUGAAAUUCUACUUUUUGAAAUCAAAAUAUCUUUGAACAACACAGUUUUUAUUGAUAAAAAUAGUUUUAUCUUGUGUUCUCGGCGGGAGCCAAAUUAGUCGCACUGUCCGUAUGUUCUUUAGUCCGUGUGUCCGUGCGUUGUAUUCGUGUCUCAGUUGACUCAGAAUUUAGAUAAAACAUCACAGAAAUGUACAAAUAAAUUGGAAGGUGUGUCACGCAUAGCAUUUGUGCCGUUAUCUUAAAGGUCAAGGUUUCACUUAGAGGUCAAUUGGCUACAUCUACGACAAGGCCAACAAGGUGAUAUUCAUGUGUCCCGCUCCUAAGGUAGCUCUUAAUGCUAUAGGCAAAUAUAAAUCGUUGUUGUUUUAAAUAGUUGUUAUAGUGAUAAUUGAAAAUGUUAUGGAAUCACCACAACACGAAAUAAUUUAAAGGAAAAAGAUUAAAAACAUUCAAGAAGUCAAACUUUAUGUGUUUGUAUUUUUAACCAUUUCUUCAUAAUACCAAGUUCUUGCGGACGUGUGCAGAAAGCGCUCAGGUAAUAAAAGAGCUUUGCAAAAAUUGCAAUUGAAGAUUUUAACAGAUUUGCUUUAAAUUCAUAUAUCGAUACAUAUUAUGAAAAAAGUAACAAAAAUAUUAAUGGUUCCAGUUGCCAACAUGACUUACACAAUCCAAAACUAUCAAAAUAUAUUGUCAAGCAGUCAAAAACUUCUGACACAAACACAUGUUCAAAUUAUUAAAUUACUUUUCUGGAACAAACACAUGGGAUUUCAACAAAUAUCUGAAAAAAGUAUUCCUUGGUAAAAAUUUGCUCACCAAAACAUGAUACACGGGUGUAUGUUAAAGAUUCAUAACACUUACACAUCCGUAUUACAUGUAUUCCAAAUCCCAGUUCAAGCCCUACAGGCUAAGGACAAGGUCAGGCGGCUAUCCAAACAUCCGACUGUGUGACAUCCCGGGGAUGACGCGGAGGCUUGGUUUCGACAUCACGGAACUGGGAUUCCUUCUGGAUGGCAAUGUUCCGGAGCAGUACACAUUCAAUCCGUGCGUGCAAUUCACGACCCGAAGCCCGGGUUUUGUGCACAAGCCUCCACGUGGCCGAGAGGUUCACUGUGUGGCCCUGGUGGUUGAUACAUCACCGGAUAUGGAGACUGAGUCUGCUCAUUGGCUGAAGACAUUCACACGCCUCGUCUAUAAGAGAGGUAAAAAAUGCUCCAUAUAACUCAAACUGAUCCUUUAAUAUAAUUCAGUACAGAGCCAAAUCAUCUCAUAUUAAAUAAAAGAGUUUUAUAAAUUGAUAGUUCAUUGCAUGUACACACGGGGACGUAAACACUCAAACGCUUUAAAAACGCAAUUGUUGGGAAAUUGAUAUCAGGAGAAUUCGUUUUCCAAUAAGCGGCACUCACACAUACUAAAUUCGCAAUUUUAUAUUUGCCGCACUACAUGCUGCGCAAAUUCGCCUCAUUUACAGCACAAGAUUUGCAAUUUUCUCCUGUGGAACGUUAUUCCACUCUUGCACUGUAGCCUGAGAGAGCUCGUUAACGUUACUUGGCCUUUGUCGUCGAGCGUUAACGCGUCUUCCUAGCUCGUCACAGUCAUGCUUUAUCGGUGACAUGUCUGAAGGCCAUUAUAUUGUUUGAACGGCAUGGGCGGCUAGAAAUUGAGUUGUCAAACGAGCAGUAUGGGCUGGCGCAUUGUCAUGAUGCAAAAUGGAAUGAUAACGUUGCAGAAUGGGCAGUUCAACAGGACGUAAAACAUUAUUAAUGUAACGUCUGGCAUUUACAGUACCAUUGAGAAUAACAAGCUGGGUUUUGUCAAAUUAUGUUAUUCCUGCCCAAACCCAUAUACCCCCCCCCACCUCCACGAUUGCUUCGUUUAACACAUUGUUCUAAAUAUCUUUCUCCUUUUUCACCAUAAACACGAGUGCAACCGUCAGAAUUUAGAACGUUAAAUUCGAUUCGUCCGAAAAUAAAACAGCCCCCAUCGUCUGCGCGUCCAUGUAACAUGAGCAUGUUUCCAUGUGAGUCGCCCAGCUGACGGCAUCGUAGGUCAACGUCCUUAAGUCUACGCCUUACAGUGCAUGGAUGAAUUGGUCGACUGAAAUAAAAAUAUCAACUCAAUUGUCUAAAAGUCAAUCGAAAUUGUUAACAAACCAUGAGCUUAGUGGUGUUAAAAAGUCAAUUAACCCACAGACUCCGAAAGCUUGUCUGACGCUAAGUGGCUGCCCCCGACCGAUGUCUUUGGUGGAGCCGGCGUAUAUUUUCAUCCUGUGGUUGCGUCGUGAUCCGGGGCUGUCCUGAACUUGGCCGAUCUUUUGUUGAUCCAGUCGCCUCAAAACGCUCCCUUUAGCGGGGUAUUGUUGCGGGAUGGCAAAUAUAAACUCUGGCGACAUCAGUAAUUCUACUUACGGCUCGCAAAAUACCUAACGCUUCAGAACGUUGAUGUUCUUAUAAACGUGGCAUCAUAAAAUCAGACUAUGGAAUAAUACGAUGUUGAUUUUCAAGCAUGUACAUCUAUGUCGCAUAUAUUCAAUAAUACUACUUGCUAUUGCGAAAUGUUCGAGCCACGGGCAAGAAACGAGAACACUGUUCGUGCGUAAAUGGUGGUCCUUAUCAUACAAAUACAGUCUAAACUUGUACCAGAAUAUCGGCAUUACAAACCAUGAUAUCGAUUACAGGGGAUCCAACGUGUUUUGUGUUUGCCGAAAUUUAAGUCAGAGAAAUGUGUGAUGCGGAAUAAAAUGGCGUUGUUCGAAGGGAUUUGGGUGUUUCUUCUGCUUCUCAGUUUUCUAGAGGCCUUAACGAAAAAGUUAUUGAAUGUAUAAGCUGAAUGAUUGCUUGUUUCGGCAAACACAAUACACGUUGGAGCCCCUGGAUUAAAACAUAAAAAUACGGCAUAUAUCAUGUCAAUAAAAUACAGACAAUUCUGUUUAUAGCGUUUUAAAGCUGCUGAGUAUAUACGUAAUAAUAUAGUUUAAUAUAUUUAUGCCUUAUAACUAUACAACAUUCGAAGUAUUAAUGUAUGAACAGAUAUCUGCAAUCAACUGAUAUAAAAGAUAAAAGCGAUAUUUCCUUGGUAAUAUAUUCAAAUAGUCUGUAUUCAUUGUUUGAAAACGGCGGAGAUCACGAUGGGGAAACCGUGGAGUCAGAUACUGCUGCAUAAGAUACGAGCGAUGAGGUUUAUGUUGCUUGUGUUUCGACAAACCUGUUUGCCGAUGGAUGAUUAUAUUACAGUUUGAAUGGUGUAUGGUUCGGAAUGUUUAUCAGAAUGGCCAGAGCCAUGGUUUCAAUGACUUUUACACUGCAUAUGAAUAGUCAUUCAUUCUCCGUACCAAUACUACGUCGAAUCAUUUGGACCUACAUGUAGUAAAGCAUUGUUGUUAAGAAAACUAGCAUACACGUCUGUAUAGAAUCUUGUUUGUGGUUUUCAUCAUACUCAAAGAUAUUCCGAUGUUUGGAUACGCCUUCCAGAAAAGUUAAGAUGCAGUUUAAAAGUUUUGACAUAUGAUAUUAUUCGGAUUUUUGUACUGAAUUAUAUAUAUACGGUAGAUAUACAGUAAAGAUGCAUAUUUAUUAAAAUCUAACCCUACACCUUUAUAGUAAAAACAUGUUAUAUAAAUACGAUUUUUUUAUUAUUAUUAUUUAUGUAAACAAGGUAUCAAACUUUUUAAAAAACGCAAGAAAGGUUGACUAUAAGUUACUGCAAGUAAUUGUGCGUUUUACUCGUGUAUUUUACCCUUAAGAAUUGAGGUUCUUGACUGUUCCUUCUAAAAAUUGCAAGGUCUUAAGAAACGUAUAUGAAUAGACUUUUCACACUUAGUUUAAGGCCAUUUAAUAAUUAUACGAACGUUCGCACUGCAUAAACAUUAAACACGUUGCGGAAGCCGCAAGUUAAGAUCCUGGACUGGCUGGUAAACUGUACUUAAUUGACAACAAUUAGGUCUCUCUCGUUGGCACGAUGUUGCGCAAUAGUGUUGUUUCUUGUGAUGGAAACCGGAGUUCCUGGAGAAAACCCACUUGUCCGUCUUGGUGAUUACAAAUCAAGCUCGCAAACGGGAUUUAGACCUGGGAUGCCUUGGUGAGGAGCGAGUGCGCUUACCGGAAAACCUUUUCCGUAGUUGCUUAAACAAAACCUUAAUGAGACUGAUAAGAGGCAUAUUUUUUAUUUAUAAAAUCAUUCAUUUUUCUUGUUGUUUUUUAUUUUAUUGCACGCUUCUCUCGCUCGACAAAUGGAUCUGAAUUGUAUUUAACUGUGUUGUACAAGUACUUUAAAUUGUCUCGUUAAACGGCAUCAUACUCUAUUCUCUCUACACACUCUCUGAAGUUAUUGUUUUAUAAUAGAGUUGCAAUAGUUAUGGGAGACCAUGUUAUACUGCCCAGUCUGAAACCUUCGUUUUGUUAGAAUUUGAACAUGACAAAAUUCUUUGUGAGUUAAACAGAACACUCUAUUCUAAAGUGUGGGGUGAUUCAUGGGUAGAAUGUGCAUCUGAUAUCUGGGUAUCAUAGGUAUGAAAUCUCGGGUUCCAUCACCGAAAGGGAAACAUUCUCGUGGCUUCCUAUAUAUGCACUCGGGUCUGAUUAGUUUGGUAUAAACUAGUAACUCUACGACUGGUCUAGCAAUUUAUCCCUUAGACAUCCCUUAUUGUGUUGGAAAUAUAAUAAUUGUUAACCUGUAAAUUAGUGUUUGAAAAUCGGACUCCAUUUGCUAUCGAUAAUCGAAUCGAAUGCAACCAAGCAUUUCGAUUUACUAUCGGACAAUAAUCGAAAGUUUCUAAUAUCAGUAAAGAAUACAUUCUUUAUACAUAGUAUCAUUAUGAUCAUUUAAAUGGUUAACCUGAAAUCAGUACUUGUGAUACAAUAGCCAUGCUUUUUGCAACAGUUAGUAAAUUUCCAUAACCUUUUUUUCUUUAAUAACUGAACGAAAAAACAUAACAACACAACCCAUACUUCAUAAUUGCACAUCAAUUGCAAAAUGAUGCACGCCGCAUCAAGUAUUUUAUCAUUUUAUCCAUGUAAAAGCAUAUUAAAUAUUUGUGAACCAGCUUAACAUUGAAUAACCUGUUAUAUUGAACAUUUCAUAAGAAUAUCUUAAUUUCAUAAAACAUUCACAAAAAAGUAAAUGAGCCGGGAUCCCCGGGAUUUGCAGGUAAGAUUAUUGAAGAAGGUUUUAUGAAACAUAUAAACAAUUAAAACAAUUUGUCAUUUUGGGAGAGUUUGUAAAUUUUUAAGCCAAAGUGUUUAUAUUCAACGGAUUUGUGUAAGAAAAAUUGACAUUUACUCAACUUUACCACAAAACAAAAAAAAUACGUAGUUACCGGAAGAAACAUUAGCGACAUUGAUUUUGGACAACCACUAUCGAUUGUCGCCGACAUAGCAGCAUUGUCAGCGACGAUUUAUGAAUUGUACUCGAUAAUCGUUUCAUCACUAAUCAGAGGCGGUAAUCACGUGGUACAUUGUUUUGAUACCAAGCACUAAAAAAAUGCUGCGCCCAGUGAGACGGUAUGUAUUUUUGUUUAUUUUCUCUCCAUAAUUAAACAAUUAAAUUUCCUAACAUCAAUCAUGUUCCAGCGCCAAAUUUUCCCUGUGAUAUGGUACCUUCAUUUUGUCAGACAGUUCUGUAGUUUAGUUGGAAUGCGUGUCACAAGUUUUCAAUCGAGGCGAAAUGUGCUGCGGGAAUCUUUGAACCAAGCAUUAACUGUCCAUUUUUUCAAAAUUUCGCCCGUAAUAUACGCAAUUUCGUUUACAUAACUAUUCAUAAACAUUAACCGUACACCUAUCGAUAUUCCAUAAGUUAUGUUAUCAUAGCAACGUCCGCAUUUUGCGGUAAUAACGCUACAACCGUUUUUCGAACCAAGCACUUACGAAAUAUUAUUCGAACCAAGCACUUCAUCAUUUUAUACGCUUAAUGUAUUUCUUUUUCAGGCUGAUAAACAAGCCGUUCAACAGCUGGAAACGCAUACUACUCCUGUAGCUUAGUACUAUAAAGGUUGUAUAUGUUUAUUGCCCUGAUAUUUCCAAGAUAUGUCUUUUCCUGAUUUUAAUUUUUUUCUUUACGUCAUUAGCAACACUCGCUGAAUUUCCACGAACUUUGUCUCUUAGAGAUAAAUAGUUUUGCCUCUGUUGCUUCAACUCAGGUCACACUUGUUCGAGCGCAUUCUGGUCAGACCGGAUUUCGUCACUAACCAUUGCAGGUACAUGUACAAUCGAUAGAAAAGAAUUUGAAGUUAACACGUCGACUGCCCAAAGCUGAAUGACAGUUACACUUAAUUCCUCGUGCACGAAACCUUCUAUCCGCCACCUAGCGGAUAUUACGCUACAUUCAAACGGAAAUUAUUUUUCUACUAAUUCAAUUUCAUUCAAACUUAGAAAAUUAUAUGGUCCUUAGACUUGACUACCUUGAACAUUGAUUAAAAUAGAUCUUGAGCGCAAUUUGUCAACCUCCAUGAGUUAGGUAUUGACUUCUAGAUAUAUUCCAUUUCCUCUUUUUUGUAUUCAAAGGAGUGUUACGAUGACCAAAACCACAGAAAGAUAGGAGCACAACUUGACAAGAAGGUAUCCGCCCUGGAAACGGGGAUAUAUUCUGUUAAGUAGCCGCUAUUGAUAUUGAAGAUAUUUAUGGUUGAAAUCGAAAUCAGUCUAAAUUCCAGUUGUAAUUUGUACUUAUCAUUCGCCCUGGAAACGGGGAUAUAUUCUGUUAAGUAGCCGCUAUUGAUAUUGAAGAUAUUUAUGGUUGAAAUCGAAAUCAGUCUAAAUUCCAGUUGUAAUUUGUACUUAUCAUGCCUCGGAAAGGGAGAUAAUUAUUCACUUGCAAAGGGAGGCAAAACUUAUUUGUAAAUAAAAUACGUGGGAAGUAAAACUUAAAUUUAUUUUAGUGUUUUUUUUUACGAGCGAACCUUUCAAACAUGUUAAAAUCGACCAUGUCAAGCGGCCGCUUGACACAGGCCGAUCGAGAUCAGCUGGAGACAUGGAUUGGCGGCGGCCCGAAAGUGUUCCACCUACUGUACAACAUCACAAAGGACAGUUGCGACACGGCUACAUUUCACCAGAGGUGCGACAACCAGGGACCUACGGUCACCGUGCUCUAUAACCCACAAGGGUCCGUCUAUGCAGGGUUUGCAAGUGUUGGCUGGGAAGGCUCAGGUAUCUGGUCCUUGGACAACGCCGCGUUUCUCUUUCAUCUGAAGUUGAUAGGAUCAAGGAAAUGUAAUAAGUUUCCUGCAAAACUGGGCUGUAAAACUGUGUUAUCGAGUCCAACUUAUGGGCCUGUAUUUGGUUACGGAGGCGAUCUACACACGUUUCACAGUCAGCCAAUACCAAAUAAAAAUGGAGUUUUCAAACUUAAUGGCAACAUGGGUAUAUUUGGCACAAACUUCGACGCUCAUGGCCUUCAAUCAGCGGAUAUCAAUAACGGCACGAUGGACGUCACCGAGUUGGAAGUGUACAAAGUUACAGACGGCGUCAGACUCAAGACGGUGGAGACACAGACGGAGCCAGGCCGCCUUGAGACCGCCAAGUGUUGGAGGAAAACGCCGGACUGGAACCAGCAGCUUGCCGAGUCUUUGUGUAAAGAGCUGGGGUCCUACAAAUGCCCGGUGGAAUCGAAUUCCGGCGAUGUUCGCAUCCUAUUGUUAGGGCCGGUAGGCUCAGGAAAGUCCGGCUUCGUUAACACUGUCCAGUCGGCUUUUUCCGGACGGCUCCGGCAGCUAGCGCCAGUUGGAAACGGCGAGCAAAGUAUUACCACACAGUUCAAGCCCUACAGGCUAAGGACAAGGUCAGGCGGCCAUCCAAACCUCCGACUGUGUGACAUCCCGGGGAUGGAGCGGAGGCUUGGACUCGACAUCACGGAUCUGGGAUUCCUUUUGGAUGGCAAUGUUCCGGAGCAGUACACAUUCAAUCCGUGCCUGCAAUUCACGACCCGAAGCCCGGGUUUUGUAUACAAGCCUCCACGUAGCCGAGAGGUUCACUGUGUGGCCCUGGUGGUUGACACAUCCGCGGAUAAGGAGACUGAGACUGUUAAUUGGCUGAAGACAUUCACACGCCUUGUCACUAAGAGAGGCAUCCCUCUCGCAAUUUUGCUGACCAAAAUUGACCUCACAUUCCCAACAUUGACCGAGGACCUUUCUGGUGUAUUUAAAAGCCAGGCAAUUGAAACAAAGGUCAACAAAGCGUCGUCAAUAUUUGGAGUCCCGAGAAACAACGUCUGGCCCGUGAAAAACUACGAGAACGAGGAUUGCGUUGACGAUGACGUCACUAUUCUCUCCCUACUCGCACUGCAGCGAUUGGUCCAUUUGGCGGAGGAUUACAUAGAGGGACAGGAAAUUGGUAUCACAGAGCGGGAUGAGAGGGGAAACAGCGGGGAUCAUGCUGGGGAAACCGUGGAGUCAGAUACUGCUGCAUAAGAUACGAGCGAUGAGGUUUAUGUUGCUUGUGUCUCGACAAACCUGUUUGCCGAUGGAUGAUUAUAUUACAGUUUGAAUGGUGUAUGGUUCGAAAUGUUUAUGAGAAUGGCCAGAGCCAUGGUUUCAAUGACUUUUACUCUGCAUAUGAAUAGUCAUUCAUUCUCCGUGCCAAUAAUACGUCGAAUCAUUUGGACCUACAUGUAGUCAAAGCAUUGUUGUUAAGAAAACUAGCAUACACGUCUGUAUAGAAUCUUGUUUGUGGUUUUCAUCAUACUCAAAGAUAUUCCGAUGUUUGGAUACGCCUUCCAGAAAAGUUAAGAUGCAGUUUAAAAGUUUUGGCAUAUGAUAUUAUCCGGAUUUUUGUACUGAAUUAUAUAUACGGUAGAUAAACAGUAAAGAUGUA